CCGGGGGAGGGACGCGGAGAGACGCCAUUUUCGGCGGCGGGAGCGGCGGAGCCGGAGCCGGCGGAGCGCGGGGCGGCGGCUGCGAGAAGGAGCCGCGAGGACAGUGUACGCGGGCGGCCGAGGAUGCUGCGGGGCGGCCGCGCCGGCGUUCCUCGCUCGUGACCUCGACGCCGCGUCUGAGGCGUCUAGGCGGCGGGCCCGCGCAGACCCGCUCCCCGCACGCGCCGCGGCCUCCCGGUGCUGACAGCGCGAGCGCGCGGCCCGCGGAGCAGCACGAAUGUAUGACAACAUGUCCACAAUGGUGUAUAUAAAAGAAGACAAGUUGGAGAAACUUACACAGGAUGAAAUUAUUUCUAAGACAAAGCAAGUAAUUCAGGGUCUGGAAGCUCUGAAGAAUGAGCACAAUUCCAUUUUACAAAGUUUACUUGAGACACUGAAGUGUUUGAAGAAAGAUGAUGAAAGUAAUCUGGUGGAGGAGAAAUCAAACAUGAUCCGAAAGUCACUGGAGAUGUUGGAGCUUGGCCUGAGUGAGGCACAGGUUAUGAUGGCUUUGUCAAAUCACUUGAAUGCUGUUGAGUCAGAGAAACAGAAACUGCGUGCGCAGGUUCGUCGUUUGUGCCAAGAGAAUCAGUGGCUGCGGGAUGAAUUGGCCAACACACAGCAGAAAUUACAGAAGAGUGAGCAGUCUGUGGCUCAACUGGAGGAAGAAAAGAAGCAUCUGGAAUUCAUGAAUCAGUUAAAAAAAUAUGAUGAUGACAUUUCUCCAUCCGAGGACAAAGACACUGAUUCCACCAAAGAACCUCUGGAUGACCUUUUCCCAAAUGAUGACGACGACCCUGGUCAAGGAAUCCAGCAGCAGCACAGCAGUGCAGCAGCAGCCGCCCAGCAGGGUGGCUAUGAGAUCCCUGCACGGCUGCGCACACUCCACAACCUGGUCAUCCAGUAUGCCUCACAGGGGCGCUAUGAGGUUGCCGUGCCCCUCUGCAAGCAGGCCCUGGAGGACCUGGAGAAGACUUCUGGCCAUGACCACCCGGAUGUGGCCACCAUGCUGAAUAUCUUGGCCUUGGUGUACAGAGACCAGAAUAAAUACAAAGAUGCAGCGAAUCUACUGAAUGAUGCCUUGGCUAUCCGUGAAAAAACUUUGGGCAAAGAUCAUCCCGCGGUGGCAGCAACUCUCAAUAACCUUGCAGUGCUCUAUGGCAAAAGAGGGAAGUACAAGGAAGCCGAGCCGCUGUGUAAAAGAGCUUUGGAGAUCAGAGAAAAGGUUUUGGGAAAGGAUCACCCUGAUGUUGCUAAGCAGUUAAAUAACUUGGCCUUACUGUGCCAGAACCAGGGCAAGUAUGAAGAAGUAGAAUAUUAUUAUCAAAGAGCCCUCGAGAUCUACCAGACAAAACUGGGACCCGAUGAUCCCAAUGUGGCCAAGACAAAAAAUAACCUGGCAUCCUGCUAUCUGAAGCAAGGAAAAUUCAAGCAAGCAGAAACACUGUACAAAGAGAUUCUCACUCGUGCACAUGAAAGGGAGUUUGGUUCUGUAGAUGAUGAAAACAAACCCAUUUGGAUGCACGCUGAAGAAAGAGAAGAAUGCAAAGGAAAGCAAAAGGAUGGGACAUCUUUUGGAGAGUAUGGUGGCUGGUACAAGGCCUGCAAAGUUGAUAGUCCAACUGUUACAACUACUUUAAAAAACCUUGGGGCACUUUACAGACGUCAAGGCAAAUUUGAAGCUGCAGAAACAUUGGAAGAAGCAGCCAUGAGGUCACGUAAACAGGGUCUUGACAAUGUUCACAAACAGAGAGUGGCUGAAGUGCUGAAUGACCCUGAGAACAUGGAGAAGCGGAGAAGCCGGGAAAGCCUCAAUGUGGACGUGGUCAAGUACGAGAGUGGCCCUGACGGAGGGGAGGAAGUGAGUAUGAGCGUAGAGUGGAAUGGGGAUGGCACUGGAUCUUUAAAACGCAGUGGUUCCUUUAGCAAACUCCGGGCUUCAAUUAGACGCAGCAGUGAGAAGCUGGUUAGGAAGCUGAAGGGAGGAAGUGCACGAGAGAGUGAGCCCAAGAACCCUGGCAUGAAGCGUGCCUGUUCUCUGAAUGUCCUUAACGUGGGUGGCAAGGCAGCUGAAGACCAUUUCCAAGAACGAAAUAAUUGUCUGGCAGACUCGAGAGCUCUGAGUGCCAGCCACACUGACCUGGCCCACUGAGGGUCAAGGCAGAGCUAGAUAAAAUCCCCGAGACUAACGAAGCCCUGAGACCCUCAAAGCUUUGCCAAGCCCCUCCUCACUCCACACGGAAGGCCCCCCACCGGGGUCGCUUCCUUUUCUAGAUAGUGACCUCCACCGACCCCUGGAGGUUGCCCCGAAUUCCGUUCAGCAGUCUGCAGUCCUAGUGACCGAGAGCUGCCGAAGCGUGAACGUGAGACCUGGCCCAGCGCGGCGGCCUGGGGAGGCAGACUUGGCACCAGCAGCCGGCUUCAGCAUGUUCAGAAUCGGCACUGCUCAUGGACACUUGAACUUAUCUGCCACGACACCAAAAUCUGUUUUAAAUUUUAAUAGUGUAUUAAGGCUGUAAAUUAAGAGUAUGGAACCUUAACCUACAUCCUUUUAGAAUAAGCAUCUAAUGAUCCGUGGCAGUAAUGCCUGGAAUUUAGAGGAAAGUGUCUGAUAAGAAAUGGGAGAAAUGAGUAACUUGCCGGGAGGCCUGCUUCCCUCUGGGGCUCUGGUUCUCGAGUCCCAGUGCCUGUGGUGUGGGACCCCUGCCUCUCGUUCUGCUGCACACGCCUGGGCUCCCACGCCCACCCCUCUUCCUCUCUUCGGGCCCCUGUACACUAAGCUUCUCUUUGUACGGUUAAGUAACACAGAGUAGACUUUGACAGGAACAUUUUCAAAUCAACCCUAAGGCAUUAUUCCUUAAGGGGAAUCUGUAAGAGUAACCGGUAGGGUCAGGAAAUACUAAACAAAUGACAAGGUGUCCGUAACUGCAGAUGACGACAGCUGUGCAGAGGGGCAGGUCCCUGCCGAUGAGCCGGAAUAUGAAGACUCGGCCUUUAGAUUCAAAGAGGAUUGGAAACACUGAGCAUUCUCGUGAACUGCUGUCAGGUUUUGAUUUUAAUUUAGUUUAAUGUAAGACAUAGGUGGUGUCACAGCAAAGCACUUGUUUUUGUUUGCUCCCAGCCACCUUUUCCUCGUGAAUGCACUGGGCUGGGGGACCUGCGCACUGAGGGCUCACUGGGAGCGUCUCCGUCAGGCAGGCACGUGUCCUCAGGCCAGCAUGGCUUCAGGGCUGAGGGCUGGAGGUAGCAGCACCAGGGUUUUGGUACAGCGAGGCUAGGCUGUGCAGUUUCUUUAAAGGUUUUCUGUCAUUUGAUAAGAAAUUACCUCAUGGCAUAGAUUGCUUGUGUUUGAGGCAGUGUGCUGGUCUCCUCCCAGGGACAGGGGCUCUCUAGUGUGUGUGGGUCCUGCAUUGAAGGUGCCGGCGGGGCUGACACGGUCUCCUUUGGCUGUGCUCCUUUCCUGGGCUCCUGACUCUGUUUAGGUUUUGCAGUUUCUGAUGGAUCAGGAACUUAUUUUCUAAAUGCUAUCUAGAAGUGUUCAAAAAACCCGAUGGGUUGUGAGACACCACCAAAAAAGAAAGAAGAGAGCAAAGCCAUGUCCUUUUGUGGACACUGGCUCUUUGAAGUUCACACUUUGGGUGCCAUGGGGCAACACGUGGUGUUGCCUGGAUGCAGUUUGCUUUGUCUGUGCCACAUUAUCGCCAGGGGACAGGGACCAAGGCACUGUCCCUCUCCUCCUUGCACUCCAGGUAAAGUUUUCUUCUCCCCAGCCACACGCCGGCACGUUGGAAACCCACUCAGUUUCCCUUAGUGGAUAGUUCUCUCUGGAAAAAGAAGGGGCGUUUAGAAAGAAUCAACAUGGAGCUGAGAAUAGAAUCUAAAGUUCCUGAUUGGUGGAAAUGGGCCAUCUUUGCAGAAGCUUCUGUUGCACUUGUGCAGGCUUCGAGCCUGCCAGCCCCAGCCCCCCUGGGGGCCGUGGUCGCCUUUGCAGGGCUGUGUGGAAGCAGUGAUGGGGUAAGAGACUCCACCGGGCCUCCAGGAAGCCAGGUGCUAAAACCUUCCUGUUGCAGAGGGGAUGCUACUCGGGCAUCUGCAAUUUCUGACUUUCGAACUUGGAUCAAAACAGAAAGGAGGCAGGUUGUAACCUCCUCCAAGCCUGGUUGUCUGAAUUUUAACCUUCCUGGAGAGAAGAGCAGUGGGUCUGCCGUCCCUCCUCCUCAAUAUUUUCCUUUCCUGGGGAGCGGACCUUAGGGGAGCCAGCACCCAUUUCUACAGUUUCUAUCAAGUAGCGUGCUCCUGGCCAGAGGACAGACAGGAAGUGGACGAGAGCCGACAGGUAUCUGCAGGGCCCGCCUCUGCACUUGGUUGAACAGGGGGCCUGUCUGAGGGCAGAGGGUGUGGGAGAGCCGGGGCCUGCAGCACUGGGUCUUUGUGUUCACAACGUUGGGGGAUCCAGAGAGUUAUUUUCUGUAAUUUAAAAAAAACCCUAUCAUUUGUUUGGUCAGAAAGCUGCUAGAAAUAUCAUGUAAUUAGAAAUUCAGUGUUUAUAGUAAGAUUAUAUAAAUAUGCUAAGGAUAUGUAGUUUAUAAUUUAUGAAACAUCUUUCACUGUCAACUUUAGAGAAUGUUCUUGGAAGGCAUGUUGUGUGCGUGAGGCUAACCUCUGAUAAGUGUAUGUUUGCCCUUAUUUUUGAGCACUGUACUCUACGAUUGUCAGAUUUCUGAACUCUAGGAGGGCCCGUGAUAGCCCUGACCAAAGGUGUGCCCACGUCAGUUGAGCAAGUCUUGGCAGGGCAGACAGCAUUGCCGACAUCCUCGGGGAGGUGCCUCUGGGCAGGUCCAUACACACCCACGUCCUCUGCUGUGAAUUAGUUCCCCAACACUAUGGGGAAUCAGAGUGGUUUAUACCAUGGUGUGGAACUCACCCUGGGGGAUCAUGGGUCUGUGAGGACUGUCUGACGAGCCCAGAGAGCAUGUCAUGGAGGGGAGUGUGCACCUAGAAGCCCCAGGACGGCAGGCUGCUGUUGGGUGCUCCUCAGGGAGCUGGGCCUCCACACCCAUCACCGCCCCUGCGCCACACACCCGGGGGAAUUGUGGGUGUUCUGAGACACCAAGAGGAAGCCUUCCUGCAAACGUGUCCUCGGCCUUGGGGGCAGCCCAGCAGGCAUGUGGGCCGCCCAGGGCUGAGUGCUGGUGCUGGGCUCCACUUGCCAGAGUGUGGGUCGUCCUUUAAGUGUAUGUUCUGUCCUGGAACUGUUGUUUUCCUUUCUCAUUGUCAGUGUGAGUUGCCUAGGAAAUUAUGUGAAAUGUUUAUGUUACAAAAAUAAAGUGUUUUAUUUCCUGUUGUCAAGUCCCUGCA